CGUCCGGAUUUGGCGCUUCCGCAUACCAUAUAUCAUCGCAACCCGCUAAACCUUACAAUUUCCCGAAACUAGGGUUUCGCUGCACUCUCUUUCCACCGCCUCUUCUACCCUCCGUAUCGAGUCUAUCGACCAUGGCCGAACAGACGGAGAAGGCGUUCUUGAAGCAACCCAAGGUCUUCUUAAGCUCAAAGAAAACUGGAAAGGGAAAGAGACCUGGGAAGGGAGGGAACCGCUACUGGAAAAGCAUUGGUCUGGGCUUCAAGACGCCUAGAGAUGCGAUUGAAGGGACAUAUAUCGACAAGAAAUGCCCCUUCACUGGUACUGUUUCCAUUAGGGGUCGUAUCCUUGCUGGCACAUGCCACAGUGCCAAGAUGAUGAGAACUAUCAUUGUCCGCCGCAACUACCUUCACUAUGUGAAGAAAUACCAGAGAUAUGAAAAAAGGCACUCGAACAUUCCGGCACAUGUAUCCCCAUGUUUCCGUGUGAAGGAGGGCGACCAUGUUAUCAUUGGCCAGUGCAGGCCCUUGUCGAAGACGGUGAGGUUCAAUGUGCUGAAGGUCAUCCCAGCUGGAUCCUCUGGUGGUGGCGGGAAGAAGGCUUUUGCAGCAAUCUAAGGCCAUUCUUUUCCAAUUUCUUUUUUUUCCUGAAUGAGUUGGGUUUCUCGGAUUCCCAGUUUUCUUUCAAAAUUUAAGAUGCUUGUGUGUCAAUUUAGCUUAUCUGAAUUUUGUGAUUCUGGAUCAGAUAGACUUUUAAGAUUACUAUAGAGGUUGGUUAGUGAUUCGGUUAAAAAUGUUAGAUGGCCUCUGUUGUUUGUUUUGGUCCAUCAAUAUAUUUGCUUCAUAUAAAUAUAGGCUGAGAUGAUCCAAAUUGAACUA